AAGUUCCAUAUUCGAUUGUGAUUGACUCCUAAAGCUGCUUUUUCUCGUUGUUCUUACUAGUAAAAGGUGUAUAUUUAUUAUGAUUUAGAAUACUGUUAAGUGAGGCUUUUCAAAACGAUGCCUACAUUUUUCGCAUCAUCAAGCACGGUUGCUUUACAAGCCUAGCUGGGGUUGGGGAAACAGACAAAAGCGCAACAGAAUCGAACAGCAUCGCAAGGUGUGACGAAAAGCAGAAUACAUCGCUCUUGAAGAUUGGUGCAUUGUACUUAUCGAUUUGUUUUGCUAGAAAACCAAGUCGAGACAGACUCCAGAUCGAUAUUUCGUUGCUCAUCCGUCAUCGUCCGAUCACAAGUGUGUUUCCCGACGAAAGCCGCUGCUCGAGCUCAAUUGGUGCUAGUUGUUUUGUAACAACGCCAAGCGCAUUCCGCCUGUACCAAGAAUGGAUCACGCGCUCCUGCCUAAGAAGAAAGUAGACGAACGUCAUCCAUCAAGAGAAACAGAUUCCGCACUCGAGGUUAGGCUAUUCGCCUGGUGCAGAACCCCAUAGUACUUUUUUUACUACUCGUCCCAGUCCCUCCCUCUUCUUCAUCUUGGACAUCGAUCGCAACUGCUGACCAGGCUGAGAGAGCACAACGUCACUCCUAAUUGAUUCGAUGCUGCAGAGUCGACCUAUCGGGAACACUGCUUACGGUGGAGUCUCAGAGAUGUUUUCGUCCUACGAGGAAGAUUUCCAUCAAUGCGAGAGCGACAUUCGCAAAUUCCUUGCGACUGCAGGUACUACUGCUGAUCACCCGAACCCUAAGCGUCGACAUUGUAACAACACCUGUCGUUAUGCUCAUCUAAAAUCAAAAUUACGACGUUUAAUACUGCAGCAGUUAGUAAAAAUACUAGAGCUUUAGCUAAUUGCUUUUCUUCUUGAUGGCAAUGCUUAUGUUGCCAACCACAGGAAAUCUCAAACUACAUUUCGAAAUGAAAAGGUACCGCAAGCAGCUCUUCGAGUGGUCGCCAGGCCCAGAUCGAUGAGAGGAUUAACGCUGUGUUUGAAGCUGAGGGUCGCAUGGGCCAAGCGGAGCGACACAUUCUGCACAUGGAGCAAGAAGUAAAGACGCUCCCACCACAUGCACAGGUUUAGGGCAAUCGAGAUCGGGUUUAGUUUAGUUUACAUUCCUGUUCCACGCGGACCUGUUUGCCAAUCAACAUGUUAACAUCGCUCCGUUUCCACAACUCUAUGCAUGUCAGUGCAAAAGAACAGAGAAGUGUAAGACCAGUAGAACACUAUACAUUUACUGUGUUGCACGAGAAAUAACCUUGAUCCUCGAGACGCGCGCAGCAAGACUAUUAAGCACACUCUAAUAUAUGACGCAGAGCGUGAACCAACGUGUUCGGCAAUAUCGGUCGUUGCUGCUUGGUUUCAAGCGGGAGUGGACUGAGGUGCGCGCUGCUGUGGACAGGGAUGCUUUACUGGCGGAGAGGCGUGGUGGCCGCGACGCGGAGCUGGUGAAAAACAGCCGAUUGCGCGAAACGGGGUCGCGCAUCGCCCAGGGAACAGCACAACUGAAGGAUGCUCAUCGAAUGGCUGUUUCGACAGAGCAAACGGGCGUUCAAAUCAUGGGGGACUUGCGCGGCCAGCGCGAGCUCAUUCAGCAGAGUCGUGCACACAUCGACUCGAUAGACCGAAACCUCAGCAACAGUAGGCGAGUGCUGCUGCAGAUGAGCAGGCGGGUUCUCGCAAACAAAAUCAUACUGAUGGGGACGGCGCUGGUGCUUUCGCUGACGCUCAUUCUGCUCCUGUUCAUUAAGUUGAAGAAAUAGGGAAAGGCAAAUUUGUCUGUUGAACUGGUAGACUCAUCAUGCAUUUCAUGGGCCGAGGUCUCUAAAAUGAAGCAUAUGUAUGGGCUUCUCUCCUCAUACUCGAUGUACUUAAAAGCUAAUGAACCGACGGUACUACGUACAAGUGUAAUCACAUCUAUCGGCUUUCAAUAGAUCCGUCUCGCUCCCUAUGGAAAAGACAGAAAAACGCGUGCUAUCAUCUGCUAAGCCAUCUUAGUCUUCAUCACAGUCAAUCCUGUAGUACAACUACAAUAUCAAUAACCCGUUCUUCCUUACGUCGACUCGAACAUUCGUUGCUGUUUCUUACGUUACUGUGUUCUUUCAUCUGCUCGUCUGAUG